CCGAAACCGUUGCUCCGUACGUGUAGGAUGAAUUUCAUGAUGAAUCAGAUGCAGGACCGCGACUGGCCGCCCGAAAGAUUAUGGGCAUCCAUCCGAACGACGCAGCCACGGGGCCAAGAGAUUAAGUGAUUAGUUCUCGGUCGGUGUCCGCCAGCUACCACGGCCACAGGACAGGCCAUCCGCCGCCGCGUCGCCGUCGCUCGUCCGCGCCCGAGGGACACCGGCCGGACGCUGGAACGGGAGAUGUUACAUUCAUUCAGCAAAUAUCCCGGACAUAUAAAGACGACGAGCAUCGCAUACGGAUGUAAGUUGAGAGCAAGACACACAGAGGGACCGGUCGGGAUCGGAGGAGGUGCGGUGCGGCGGCGCCGGCGGUGGCAAGAGGAGAGGAGAGGAUCGGAGAUGGGGGGCAAGCUGGUGGCCUUGCUCGCGCUCGUGCUCGCUCACGGCCUCCUGCCGUGCGCUUCGGCCGUCGACCGCGGCCAGUUCCCCGACAACUUCCUCUUCGGGACCUCCACCUCCGCCUACCAGAUCGAAGGCGCAUAUUUGGGGGGUAAUAAGGGCCUAAGCAAUUGGGACGUCUUUGUCCACAAGCAAGGUGCAAUUGUGGAUGGAAGCAAUGGUGAUACUGCUGAUGAUCACUAUCGCCGUUACAUGGAAGACAUUGAACUAAUGCAUUCCUUGGGUGUCAACUCGUACCGAUUCUCCAUAGCAUGGACAAGGAUUCUACCAAGAGGCCGAUUUGGACAUAUUAAUCCUGAAGGUAUAGCAUUUUACAAUGCUCUUAUCGACGCUCUUAUUGAGAAAGGCAUCCAACCGUUUGUAACAAUAUCUCAUUACGACAAUCCACAUGAACUGGACAAGAUAUAUGGUGGAUGGUUGAGCCCAGAAAUUCAGAAGGACUUUGGCUACUUUGCAGAAGUAUGUUUCAAGGUGUUUGGUGACCGAGUGAAAUUCUGGACUACGUUGAAUGGGCCAAAUUUGUUGACAAAGUUCAGUUACAUGGAUGGAUGGUACCCCCCUGCUCACUGUUCUCAGCCAUUUGGGAACUGUGCCUUUGGAAAUUCUUCAGUAGAGCCAUACAUAGCAGGUCACAACAUGAUACUGUCCCAUGCAAAUGCAGUCAGCAUUUACAGAAACAAGUUUCAGGGGAAACAAGGUGGGCAUAUUGGAAUUACUGUUUCCUCAAGAUGGUAUGAGCCAUUCCAGAAUACAACAGCAGACAUCUUAGCAGUUGAACGGGCUCUCUCUUUCGGUGGUCCAUGGUUUCUGGAUCCUAUAAUUCUUGGUGAUUAUCCCUCAGAGAUGCGUAGGAUCUUGGGUCCAAGCUUACCUGAGUUCACAUUGAAGCAGAAAAAGAAAUUACAAGCUACAAAAUUAGAUUUCAUUGGACUAAAUCAUUAUACGACAUUAUAUAUGAAGGACUGCAUCUUCUCACCUUGUGAGGUGGAUCCAAUAGAUGGGGAUGCACGAGUUGUUAGUUCAGCAACAGGACAUGAUGGUGUACUUAUUGGUGAAGCGACAGGAUCGCCACACUUUUAUUCUGUUCCAUAUGGGAUGGAGCAAGUGGUCAUGUAUUACAAACAAAGAUACAAUUACACACCAAUAUAUAUCACAGAAAAUGGUUAUGCUCAAGCAAGCAAUAGCAGCAUGUCUGCCGAAGAUUUUACCAACGACACGCGAAGAGUUGAUUACAUUUGUGGCUACCUCUCCUUCCUAGCCUCAGCAAUAAGGAAGGGAGCUGACGUUCGUGGUUACUUUGUGUGGUCCUUGCUGGACAACUUUGAGUGGACUUCCGGAUACACGCAAAGGUUUGGGCUCUACCAUGUCGACUUCAAGACGCUGAAGAGGACUCCAAAGAUGUCGGCGAAGUGGUACAGGAAGUUUCUCAAGGGAUCAAUUCUGAGAACGAGGCUCCGGAACCAAAAUUCCCAGUUGCAGUAGUACACGCACUGCUUAAUCCAUGAGCGUUAUCUCCCUGCUAGCUGUAUGUAAAUGGUACAUGGUCUAGAACUGUGAACAUCCAGCUCACGAAUUUGUUCUCAUGUAUAUCUUGCAAGCAAUGCCUUAUGAGGUGUGCAUAUUUGCAUUGAAUAAAAAGGGAGCAAAUGAGUCUUGAUUUUCUUUCAAAA